CAAGGAAUAGAAUAAAUCCACCAAUAAAACCACAAACUUUCCCUAUCACAUUUAUCUCGAUUCACAUCCCAUUCAAGCGGUCCCAAGAAAGAAAUAGAACAAAAACAGAGAGAUGGGUUGCAGUGGCUCCAAACCUGAAGAAGAAGAACCAACCAUGAUGAGAACCUCCACGCUUGUUCCUAUUGCUGAAUACUCAAAACCCAAGAACCUGAUCAGACAAGAAGUUCUGAUCCAAAUUCCAGGAUGCAGAGUUUACCUGAUGGAUGAAGGACAAGCUGUUGAACUGGCUCAAGGCCAGUUCAUGAUCAUCAAAGUCAUGGAUGAUAACGUAUCACUUGCCACAAUCAUCAAAGUAGGGAACGGUGUCCAGUGGCCACUGACAAAAGAUGAGCCGGUGGUGAAGGUGGAUACUCUGCAUUACCUGUUCACGUUGCCUGUGAAAGAUGGAGGAUCAGAGCCUCUGAGCUAUGGUGUGACGUUUCCAGAGCAGUGUUAUGGGAGCAUGGGGUUGCUGGAAUCUUUUCUGAAGGAUCACUCUUGCUUUUCUGAUUUGAAAACAGGGAAGAAAGGUGGUCUUGAUUGGGAGCAGUUUGCUCCCAGGGUUGAAGAUUACAAUCACUUUCUGGCUAAGGCGAUUGCUGGAGGGACUGGUCAGAUUGUUAAGGGUAUCUUCAUGUGCAGUAAUGCUUACACUAACCAGGUCCAAAGUGGAGGGCAAACGAUCCUAACUGAUAACAAAAAUAAUGGCUUGGUUAGACAAAGUGUGAGCAACAACAAAACUGCUGAUGCCACAAAGAAGAAUGCGAUGAACGAAAACCUCAAACGUGUGAGACAGCUAACAACUAUGACAGAAAAGUUAUCCAAAUCUUUGCUUGAUGGUGUUGGAAUAAUGAGUGGAUCAGUGAUGGCUCCUGUGCUUAAAUCUCAACCAGGACAAGCAUUCCUGAAGAUGCUCCCUGGAGAGGUGCUUUUGGCUUCCCUUGAUGCAGUCAACAAGGUGUUUGAAGCAACUGAAGCUGCUCAAAAGCAAUCCCUUUCUGCCACCUCCCAAGCUGCCACCAGAAUGGUUUCUAACAGAUAUGGGGAAGAAGCAGGGGAGGCCACAGAACAUGUGUUUGCAACAGCAGGACAUGCUGCAAACACUGCUUGGAAUGUUUCUAAGAUACGGAAGGCCAUCAAUCCAGUCACUCCAGCAAGCACUGCAGGAGGAGCACUGAGAAAUUCUAUCAAGAAUAGAAAUGUUGGAUAAUAAGAUCCAUUUAUGUGUGGCUUUGUAUUUGACAAAGGUGAAGGCAUAAAUUGUUACCUAUAUAUAUGGCUUUCUCUUUUUGGUUGUUAUAUAUGUAAGUAUUGCUGUAUUGGUCAGCAGCAAGCUGGCUAGAAUAUGAAAAUGAUCUUGUAUGAAAAAACUCCAAAUAUAAAAGAACAAUAGUGUUUCCUUUUUCUUUC